AUGCAUGACUCUGUGAAGCAAUCAGCCGCUCCGGCCCAGCAAGGACGAACCCCUUCUGAGGACAUGUCUGGCUUCAAUAAUCACUUCAUACCGUCGCCUGACUCGGUGCAAAUCAAGAUCGAGCCACGGGAAUAUCCACAUCAGUCGACAGUCAGGCUGGACACAAUUCAUGGUGUGGGUAGUCUACCUGAUUCCCAAUCUGUUUCGGUUCACGGCUGGCAAGAUCAACACAUCCCAGGGACGGCAGUAUGUUACAACACUGCAGUAAGUGCUCCGGAUUACAGCAGUCUGUCGUACUAUCAGCCACAAUACGCGAACUCCCCUUUGGUCGACACGUCCAUACCAUACCCGGUCUUUACGAGCAGCACACAAACCCAGCCGCUUUACUACACCUCGGGCUAUAAUACAAGUCACAAUGGCAACCCAGGUUUUGAACAGGCACCAACAAGAAAAUGGCCGAUGACACCACUAUCACACAUUAACACUCCGGAAAGGAUUGCAGAACAAGAACUACAUCGAACAAGCCCGACGGAAACUGCAUGGUCAUCGCCGAUAAUCCUACAUCAAAACUUGCAUAGCAAGAAAAACAAGAGUUAUCCACAUGGAAAUUCUUUGUUGAAGAGGACAAAGAUAGAAGCCUUUGAACGAUCCCCGUCUCCGCAUGAUACGGAGUCCACGUUAGGCUCUGACAUUAGCCAGAGGUCUUCUGAAGGAUCAAUAUCUCCUGGGCUCUCUGCGACGGAGAGCAUGAAACGUUUCCAGAAGAAGUCGGCCACACCCGAAAAUAGCCGUCACUAUUCGGACCCGGAAUUAUCUUGUCAAAUUUGUGGAAAGAAGUUCACAAGACGAUCUAAUUGCCGUGAACACAUGAAACGACACAACCCGGAGAAUAGGAAGAUAUAUUCCUGUCAUAGCUGCGGCAAGACUUUCGGAAGAAAGACGGAUUUGAAACGCCACUAUUCAACUAGAAUUCAUGAUGGGGAGAAAAGAUAUGCAUGCGGUGUAUGCGGGCGUUACUAUAGCAGACUCGAUACAUUAUACCGACAUCAGAAGGAUGGUGGCUGUGCAGGGCAGAGUCUUCCAGACGUAAAUACAAGGCUUCCGAACCCGGUGCUUGGGUAUCAAUACCUUCCCUUAUAA